GUAAAAUCUAUGAAACCCACAAAAAUCGUCGUAGAACGGCGUUGAUUUACGGAGAAGCGUAAAAUACUAAAAUACUGCAACAAUGAGCACUCAUUACCCAACUCCAGUAACCCCCAAGCAGACCCGCAUAGGAUGGAUCGGCAUCGGCGUGAUGGGCGGCGCCAUGGCCUCCCGCCUCAUCUCCGCCGGUUAUGCCGUCACUAUCUAUGCCCGCACCCCCUCAAAAGCUACCCCUCUACUUUCCCAGGGGGCCCACCUAGUUUCCUCCCCGGCGGAGCUCGCCGCCCUCAGCGACGUCCUUUUCACCAUGGUUGGCCACCCCUCUGACGUUAAACAUGUCGUUAUGGACACCUUUUUGCCUUCCGUCAACCCUAACACUGUCAUCAUUGACCACACCAGCAGUCAUCCAGGCCUAGCCAGACACAUAUACGAGUCUGCCCUUGAGAAGCAAUGCUACUCUGUUGAUGCCCCUGUGUCGGGAGGUGAUAUCGGGGCUAGAGAUGGGAAAUUGGCAAUUUUUGCCGGUGGGGAUAAGGAUGUGGUGGAGUGGUUGAGGCCCUUGUUUGAUGUACUUGGGAAGGUGACUUAUAUGGGAGGUUCAGGAAAAGGACAGAGUUGUAAGAUAGCGAAUCAGAUCACAGUCGGUGCGAAUUUAGUAGGAUUGAGUGAAGGGCUGGUGUUUGCAGAGAAGGCGGGGUUGGAUCAGGGGAAGUUUAUAGAGGCGGUGAGGUGCGGAGCUGCCGGAUCAAUGGUGAUGGAGCUGUUUGGGGAGAGGAUGAUUAAAAGGGAUUUUAGGCCGGGAGGAUUUGCACAGUACAUGGUGAAGGACUUGGGGUUGGGAGUAGAUGUGGAAGAGGGUGAUGAGGACAAUGCGACGGUGUUGCCUGGAGCUGGGCUGUCAAAGCAGUUGUUUUCGGGUAUGGUGGCUAAUGGCGAUGACAAGCUUGGCACUCAAGGGAUAAUUACUGUAAUAGAGAGAAUAAAUGGCAAGUUAGAUAAACAUUAGCCUUUGACAUUGUGAUGAUACCGGCACAAAAUCAGUGUGCAUGGAACUUGUUGAAUUAAUUACUGAAGGUUUUGGGUUUUGAUGGUGUACCUGAAUAUGAUGUUUGCAUAUGCUACUAACAGGUCAAAGUUAUCUUGUAUAUUGCUUUUAAUAUAACGGAAGUUCAGAUCUUCAUCUGCAUUGUCGAUACAGUAUCAUUUCUCGAAUUUAUCUACGUGGUGGGCACUUUAUGUGUUGCCUUGUUGGUUUUAUGAGGUGAGGAAUUUUAUGCAUUGCCAUGUUAGUUGUAUAAUUGAUCUUAUUUAGAUAGUUUCCGUUUGGAAUUCUGAUGCAUAAAUGGGUCUCCAUGUAGCCCCAGGCAAUUUUGUACUUGUCAGAUGGUCAUCUGUUGCUCAAAUUCGUGCUCCUGCAUCUUACAUCUUCUACUCUCAUCAGGGGAAGAGUUUUGAGUCUUUGACAAAUAUUACAAUUGAAUUUGGCACAAUGGUAAUCUACUCUAAAUUGUUAAAGUACAUUUGGACGCAUCUCUGAUGUGAAUGAAAUAUGUAUAUUUGAAUCCUUUCGAACUUUCUUUAAAGAUUAACAUAGAAAGGUAUCUGAGUUUCAAAUUUA